AUGUCAGCCAAGACUAUCAUUGUUACAGGUGCCUCUCGAGGUAUCGGUCUUGCCAUUGCCAAGUACCUUCUCACAGCUCCCCAGGCACACAAUGUCGUCGUGGUGGCCCGCAGCGUCGAGCCUCUCCAAAAGCUGAAGGAGCAGUACAGCAAGCAGGUUGAGGUGGUGAACGGCGACCUGGCUGACUUCUCUCUCGCCCAAAAGGCAGUUGAUGCCGCCCUCAAAUCCUUCGGUCAGCUUGACGGAGUGGUGCUGAACCACGGCAUCCUGGGCCAGGUCGGCAAGAUUGCCGCUGCCGAUAUUGACCAGUGGAAGAAAGACUUUGAUGUCAACUUCUUUAGUCUGGUUGCUUUCACUAAAGCAGCUCUCCCGGCUCUUCGCGAGUCCAAGGGCAAGAUUAUCUUCACUUCCUCUGGUGCCGCAGUAUCCGGUUACCGUGGCUGGGGUCUCUACGGAGCUACCAAGGCCGCAAUGAACCACUUCGCCAUGAGCUUGGGCAAUGAAGAGCCCGAUGUCACCUCUAUUGCCAUCCGGCCUGGCAUGGUCGACACCGAGAUGCAGCGGGAGCUGCGUGAGGACCACGCCACAAACCUCGAUGCCGAGAUGCACUCCAAAUUUGCAGGUGCCCACAAGGAUGGCAAGCUUGUCAAGCCCGAGCAGCCGGGUCAUGUUAUGGCCAAGCUGGUGCUUGACGCACCCAAGGACCUUAGCGGCCGGUUCUUCUCAUGGAACGACAAGGAGCUAGACUCUUUCCAGGGAUAG